CUGAUUCCCCUUGUCAAUGUCGCAGGCAGAUAAAUAUCAACAAAAUACAUAUAUAUAGGAUAUAGGAUAUAGAAUGAGCGCGGAUGCAAGGAUCGGGGAGAAGGAGCAGGAAAAGGAUGUCGAUGCCAGCAACUCGAAUCCGCGGCCAACUACCAGCGAUUGGGUGAACUUCUCGCAGUGGAUGCACUGCUUCUGCGUGGUCACCUUCGAUCUGAAUCUCGGCCAGGCCCUGGAGCACGUCUAUCCGCCGGAGUUCAUGCCCAGCGACCAGGAGGUGAGCAACAUCUGCUACAUGGCCUUCCCGGACUCGAAUUCCGGCUGCAUGGGCGACACCAAGUUCCACAUGCGACUGCGCUGCACCACACGCCCCGAAUCCCUGCCAGGCUACAAUGCCGAGUGCUCCCCCGCUCUCCGCCAGGAUGCCUCCCACUACUGGGGCUUCGUCUACUUCCGGCAGAAGCGCGAUGCCAAUCUGCCGCGUGGCUACUUCCAGAAGAGCUUCAUCAUCAUCACGCGGCUGCCGUUCUUCAAUCUCUACUACGAUCUGCUCGCCCAGCUGGCGCCGCGCUACUUUGACCAGGGCACCGAUGUCCUCCGCUCGGCCAGCGAGCAGAUCAACAGGCACUGGCCAGCCCUGCGCGUGGGCCAUCCGCUCCAGCUGCCGCUGCUGGAGUGCAGCUACCAGGUGUGCAUUCCCCGCACCACCAGCAGCAGUAGGAAAUCCGCUGCGGAGGAAUCCCCGCCAGCCGCUUGCUUGGCAACCACCACGAAAGUUCUACCCUCCGUCAAUGAAAUCGAGCUCUUCCACUCGCUGGACUUCUGCAUGGAGCAGCUGUACACGCUGUGGGAGCUGGUCAUCACCGGCGAGCCCAUCGUUGUGGUGGGCACCUCGCCCGCCGACUGCUCCCACAUGGUCCAGACGCUCCUGGCGCUAAUCUCCCCCCUGGAGUACUGCGCCGAGGCGCGUCCCUACUUCACCAUCCACGACAGCGAGUUCCGGGAGUUCACGCAGGAGUGCGGCGGCAAGGCGACGCUGCCCGCCUGCAUUUUGGGCGUGACCAAUCCGUUCUUUGUCAAGCUGCUCAAGGACUGGCCGCACAUGCUGCGGCUGGUGGAUAACCAGAAGAACAUGCAGCAGCAGCAGCAACUGCUGAUGGGCCAGAAGCAUGCGCGGACUAUCGCCUCGGCCACCUCGUUCUCGGGCAGCUCCGCCAAGUCCGGCUCCGGCCUGAAUGGCAGCUCCUCGAAUGGAACUGGUGAUGCCUCCACCGCGGGGCUGCAUAGCAAAUACCGGGCCUAUCUGAAAAAGGACAAGGCGCUGAUCAAGAAGGUGCUGCUGGGCAUGAAGACCAAGCGGCCGGAGCAUGUGCAAACGGCGCUGAUACGGCGCCAUUUGCUCGAGCUGACGCAGAGCUUCAUGAUCCCGCUGGAGCGGUACAUGGCCUCGCUGAUGCCGCUGCAGAAGGACAUCAGUCCGUUCAAGUCGGCGCCCAAUGCGAGCAGCUUCAAGCUGGACGACUUUUUGGCCACGCUGGAGACGGCGGGGCCGCAGCUGACGUCGCCGCUGAAGGGCGAUUGGAAGGGGCUGUAUCGGCGCUUCUUUCGAUCGCCCAAUUUCCGCGGGUGGUACGAGGCACGCCACCGGGAGCUGCAACUGACGCUGCAGGACCUCCAGCUGCAGGCGCUGUCGGAGGCCAAUCUGGAGCACUGGGCGCAUGACAAGCAGGAGGUGGAGAUCAUCGACAUGAUACUCAAGCUCAAGCAGAAACUGAAUCUCUAUGGCGACAAGCCGGGCACGCAGCAGCUGGAGGGGAUCAGUGGCACUGGCACUGGCACCCAGCAGCAGAUCCGGGCGCAGAUCGAGUGCAUGAAGGGGCUGCUGCCGCCGGAUCUCAAGAAUGUGGUGAACCUCUGAUCCUAGUUGUAAAUCCUGUACUGCUCCCGCCGCCGCCUGUCUGUCUGCUUGUAUCCUGUGAUCCUGUGAUCGUGUGCCUGUAAUUUGUGUAGCUUGCAAUCGAUCCUUGCGAGGCGGUGCUCUUUAUCAUUGUAAAUAAGUUUUAUCCCGAGAUUAGUCGCUGUACUUUCCGUGUCUAGUUUAAUUGUAACAUAAUCCCAGAAGUGAAAACGAUGAACGAUGAACUUUAGUCCAAGCCAAGUAUUAAAUGUAAUCGAUGCGAUAUCCCUUUAAUGUUUUCAACCCCUUCGAUCACCACAACCAAUGCUCAUGUCGACCUCGACUGUCUCAAAUAGCAAAACUAUACCUUUUAAACGGUUCAACCUGUUCAAAUAAGAUAAUUUGUGCAACUACAUUGUAAUAUUCACUCGUUAGAGUUCUUAAAGUUAAGAGUUUGGUCAUCUAUGUGUGUAGAAAACCGGCAGUUUAACCAAAUUUCCGAUGGGUCGAACAAUGUGAUCUAGAGACCAGUUUUGUUCUACUCUAAUCUUUUUUUUAAAUCGUUGUGCAAACUUUGUAUAUCGCUAUAAAGAAAUAUGUUUAUGUCUAUGACUGUCAAAUAUAAGAUAACUAUACAUUACCUUAA